AAACGCGUAGAAUCCUGCACGGCAACUUUUAUUUUGCUUGAUAAAGCAAGAGAAUUGGUGAAUCACUUUCACUCAAACGAACCGAUUCGCUGCAAUGAACUAAUGAACAACACAAGCCAGCCAAGACCCGCCUACAUAUCUCACUCACUCCUCCUAGCACUAGUUCUCCAACUUCCAAUGUGAGCUGUUUAUUCAAAUGGGAACUGAGGAUAAAAAAACCAGCUCUCUCUGCCGGUUAACGGUUAUAUUCUUUAUUGGCUUUGUUAUUGGUUGGUGUGCUCGACCUACUAUUAAUCACGGAGAUGCAUCAAAAAGCUUCCUCCACGACUUUCUGGAUGAGAUGCAGGCAGAGAAUAUUAAACAUCAUCUCAGGAAGUUCACAAGGCUGCCCCACCUGGCUGGAUCGCAGCAGAAUCUGGAUCUGGCAAAGCAGAUCCGGGACGAGUGGAUGGAGUUUGGGCUGGACUCCGUGGAGCUAGUGCCGUACGACGUGCUGCUGUCAUACCCAAAUAAAACAAACCCCAAUUACAUCUCCAUAGUGGACCACCUGGGCACUGAGAUCUUUAACACGUCUCUGGCUGAGCCGGUCCCUGAAGGUUAUGAAGAUGUUACCGAUAUCGUCCCUCCUUAUAGUGCUUUCUCUGCGAAAGGACAGCCAGAGGAUGAGCUGGUUUAUGUGAAUUACGGCCGGACGGAGGAUUUCUUUAAGCUGGAGAGAGAGUUGGGAAUAAACUGUUCAGGAAAAAUCGUCAUCGCUAGAUAUGGCAAAAUCUUCCGUGGGAACAAGGUGAAGAACGCGAUGUUAGCAGGAGCUAAAGGGAUCGUGCUGUUCUCGGACCCUGCGGAUUACUGUGCUGACGGCGUGGAGCCGUAUCCCGACGGCUGGAACCUGCCAGGAGGAGGCGCUCAGAGAGGAAACGUGCUGAAUCUGAACGGGGCGGGAGACCCCCUCACACCUGGAUACCCUGCCAAAGAAUACACCUACAGAUCGAGUCUGGAGGACGCAGUGGGGCUUCCCAAGAUUCCAGUGCAUCCCAUCGGAUAUCAUGACGCGGUUCACCUGCUGCAGCAUAUGGGAGGACCUCAUCCGCCGGAUAACUGGAAAGGCUCCCUGAACAUCUCAUAUAGAAUCGGACCGGGAUUCACAGACGGUUUAAAUCAGAAUAAAGUGCGUAUGAACAUCCACACCAAUAAUCAGGUGACCCGUAUCUACAACGUGAUUGGCUGGAUCAGAGGAGCGGUGGAGCCAGACAGGUACGUGAUUCUGGGCGGCCAUCGUGACGCUUGGGUGUUCGGAGGGAUUGAUCCCGUGUCAGGAGCUGCUGUGGUGCACGAGAACGUGAGAGCGGCCGGGAAGCUCAUGAAGAAAGGUUGGAGGCCGAGGAGAACGCUGAUCUUUGCCAGCUGGGACGCAGAAGAGUUUGGUCUGCUGGGAUCCACAGAAUGGGCAGAGGAUCACGCCAGAGUCCUGCAGGAGCGAGCCGUGGCUUACAUCAAUGCAGACUCUGCUAUUGAGGGUAUGUACACACUGAGAGUCGACUGCACUCCCUCCCUACACACUCUGGUUUAUGACAUCACCAAGAAGGUUUCGAGUCCAGAGGAGGGAGAGGAGGGCAUGACUUUAUAUCAGAGCUGGCACAAACGUGAUAACUCCACAGAAAGAGAUGCACCGUGGAUCAGUAAACUGGGCUCUGGCAGUGAUUUUGAAGCGUAUUUCAUCAGAUUAGGCAUUGCAUCUGGAAGAGCGAGAUACACCAAAAACCGAAAAACCGAGCGCUACAGCAGUUACCCCGUGUACCACAGCGUGUACGAGACCUACGAGAUCGUGGAGCGAUUCUACGACCCGAGUUUCCGCCGGCUGGAGGCCGUGGCCCGUGUUCGGGGAGGACUGAUCUUCAGUUUGGCCGAUUCUCCGGUCUUACCUCUGGACUGUGUGGAAUACGCCAUGUCUCUCACCAAAUACGCCAACAGCAUCUACCAGCUGGCACUGAAGCACCCUGCUGCCAUGCAGCAGCACAGCGUCUCGUUCGAUUCUCUCUUCUUUGCUGUUGAGAACUUCACGGUCGUGGCACGAGACUUUCAUCAGCGUCUUGAUCAGCUCGACACCUCGAAUGCUCUGGCCGUAAGGAUGGUAAACGAUCAGCUGAUGUAUUUAGAGAGAGCUUUCACUGAUCCGCUGGGUUUGCCUGGGAGACCAUUUUACAGGCAUAUCAUAUUUGCGCCCAGCAGUCACAAUAAAUAUGCGGGUGAGUCUUUCCCAGGGAUUUAUGACGCUUUGUUUGACAUUGAGAACGCAGUGGACUGGCAGAAGGCCUGGGAUGAGGUCAAACGCCAAAUCAGCAUCGCCGCCUUCACGGUCAACGCAGCUGCUGAGACGCUAAAGCCCGUCGUCAGCUAGAUGGCCUUCCUUCACUUCUGGAUUUCAAAACAUGCUGUGGAUGCGGGACUACAGCAUGUCAGCAAAACUGUUCAUAUGUCAGUGUAUAAGGGACUUCACAUGCAGAUCUGAGUCUCAGAAGAAAGCAGAUAAAUUGUCAAAUAUUAAUGGAGUAGUUCACCCAAAAAUAAAAUUUUGCUGAAAAUUUACUCACCUUCAGGCCAACCAAGAUGUAGAGUUUGUUUCUUCAUCAGAUUCGGAGAAAUGUAGCAUUGCAUCAGUGUCUCAUCAACACA